AAUCUUCGCGAAAGUUCGGAGACAGUAUAAAUAGUGAGCCUGCCGGCGCCCUCGGCAAUAACGCGACAUAACAGCAACGAGUGAAAGUAAUUAACCGAGCGAAAAGAAAAUGUCUCUAUUACCGUUGUUGUUCGACGAACCUCCAUAUUCCUCGUACUGGUUACGCCCAUCGAGGAUUCUGGACCAACAUUUCGGACUCGGGCUGGACUCUGACGAUCUCUUGCAGCCUCUUAACUUGAACAACAGGAUCCUCAGUCGGACACCGGCCGGCUACUUGAGAAACUGGCGUCCUAACGCGUCAGAGAAGGACUCUGGUUCUUUAGUCAGCUUCGAUAAGGAUAAGUUCCAGGCAAAUCUCGACGUUUCGCAGUUUAAACCGGAAGAAAUUUCCGUGAAAGUCGCAGACAACGUGCUGACCAUCGAAGGGAAACACGAAGAAAAACAGGAUGAGCAUGGAUACAUUUCCAGGCAUUUUGUAAGGAGGUAUGUCUUGCCGAAGAAUUACGACGUCGAGAAGAUUCAAUCGAAGCUGUCUUCUGAUGGGGUGUUGUCCAUCACGGCCCCACCGGUUCAAAGCAGCGAAGUCGAACACAAGAAUAUUCCCAUCACCCAAACCGGCGAGCCCGCAAAGCAGAUCGAACAGAAGAAACAGUAAAUUUUCUGCGUUUUUUUUUUCAUUUCAAUUUUCGUUUUGGUAAUGUGAGCCAGUAACUGCAUUUUUUUGUAAUUAGGUCUUCCCAGUAUGUUGGGAAGUUUUGUGUUAAUGUAAUAAAAUAAAAAUAAAAAGGAAACCGAA